AUGGCAGCUGCAGAGGAUCAAGCUGAACCUGAGAGUGUUUUCACUUGCCGAGACGGUGAUGAUAGUUGUGCUGCUCGUCUUCCUCCACCACCUCAACCUGUUUCCGCUGGUGUUGAAGCUUGUCCUCAAGGCCAGACUGGUACUCCGUGUAUUCGUAGUGGAAGUGAACCUAAAGAUGCCCGUAAGGAUUGUGUGGAACCUCCAUCUGGGGCGGAGAAUUGCCCUUCCAAUGUUGAUGAAACUCGAGGGAAUUGCGCUUCUGCUGAGACUAGUUGUAAAAACAGAGCACAAGACACGGCUCAUGCUAACUCAAAUGAAAAUAGUGGAAUUAUUGGUAGCGAACGUCAAGGUCACAAUGGUGAAAGUCGUCCUGUAACUGUCCAGGGUUCACAUACUGAUGCAGGACAAGAGGGUCGUGCUAACGUAACUGUUGCUGUUGAUACUCCUGGUGAACCAGAAACUCGGGAAACUCAAAGUGUAAACGGUUCACAAGAUGCUGCUUCUUCUCCCGCUGCGGUUACUGGCGGUUCUCCUGCCGCUGACGGUCAAACUGAAAGAAAUGUGUUCAGUUCAACCGAAGAAGGUGGAGCUAAACAGGGAAGUGAAACAGCACAACCUUCUUCUUCUUCCAACAAUUCAGACACAGGGAGUUCCGGUGUUGCUGAUGCUACGGCGACUGAGAAUAAUACUCCAUCUACAGAGAGUGAAUCAUUAAACAAACAAGAAGGAGAUAAUGCGACUGCAGUACCUGAUACAAACACCACCACAACAACAACAACAACACUUCCUCCUCAACUCACAAACAACAAGAAGGGUGAUGCAGACAGCAGCAGCAGUAUCAGCAGUUCUGUGUGGGUGCGUGUACCACUACUGAUUGUGGUUACACUGGCCUGUAUUCUUGUGUGCUGA